AAAACUUAACGUAGGUUACGUUAACGUUAGCUAAAACUUAACGUAUGUUACGUUAACGUUAGCUAACGUUUACGUUAGCUGUUUAGCCGGGUACUAAUAUAGCUAAACCUCGACUAACUGAUUAACUGUGAAGGAAGUGUGAGGGGUGUUUCCAGCUGAUCUGCACAACAGAAGGAGCCGAGUCUCCCCUCUCAGCAGCCCGACCUACCUGCUACUUUCUGCGGCCACAACACACCACAGCACAGCACACCGGUACCGGCUGGAGCUGUAGCUGUGCAGGAUCUUCAUCCGGAUUACUUUAAAGGAAAAACCGGGGGGGGGAUCCUCGGUUAGCUGCCGGUGCAGUCGGUAGCUGUUAGCUCCGGACUGUCAUGAUCCCUGCAGCGCGGAGAUGGCGUCCUUCCCCGGAUUGUGCAAGGCUGUCGGGCCAGCCGAAGAGGAGAACGGAGAGCUGGACGGUUCUCUGCAGCAGAUGCUGAAGGCCAUCGCCGACGAGAGGAACCGACUCAACAUCCGACAGGAGGUCAGCGGAAUCGGUGAGCUGAUCGGCCCCUUAUUUGUUCACCGUGGCCCGGUGUUCCCUCCCUGGAGGUGUAUACACACUGUUACAGGCAUCUCAAUGUUCUCCACAUAUUUCAUGGAGAAGUUCGCUCCUCGGCAGGACGACAUGCUGUUCUACGUCCGCAGGAAGCUCGCCUAUGUCAGCGCCGACAACACCGAGGGCAAAAAGGUGGAGGUGGAGGUUUACCGGAGAGACUCCAAGAAGCUGCCGGGCCUCGGCGACCCCGACAUCGACUGGGAGGAGAGCGUCUACCUGAACCUCAUCCUGCAGAAGUUGGACUACGUGGUAACGUGUGCAGUCUGCACGCGCUCAGACGCAGGAGACAUCCACAUCCACAAGAAGAAAUGUCAGGAAGUGUUUGCGUCUCCCAGCAAACACGCCAUGGACAGCAAAGGAGAGGAGUCCAAGAUGAGCUACCCCAACAUCUUCUUCAUGAUCGACAACUUCGAGGAGGUGUUCAGUGACAUGACGGUGGGCGAGGGCGAGAUGGUGUGUGUGGAGCUGGUGGCGAGCGACAAGAGCAACACCUUCCAGGGCGUCAUCUUCCAGGGCUCGAUCCGCUACGAGGCGCUGAAGAAGGUCUACGACAACCGGGUGAGCGUUGCUGCUAAGAUGGCCCAGCGGAUGUCUUUCGGCUUCUACAAAUACAAAAACAUGGAGUUUGUGAGGAUGAAGGGUCCGCAGGGCAAAGGUCACGCUGAGAUGGCCGUCAGCAGGGUGCCGACUGGAGACACUUCGCCCUGCGGCACAGAGGAGGACCAGGUGUCCCCCGAGCACGAGAGGGUGACGUCCUUCAGCACACCUCCGACCCCAGAGAGGAACCGUCCGUCCUUCUUCUCGCCGUCUCUGAGACGUAAAGUGCCCCGAAACCGAAACGCAGAGAUGAAGAAGUCUCACUCGGCCAACGACAGCGAGGAGUUCUUCAGGGAGGAAGAAGACGAAGAUCUUCACACCACCUCCAACCUGCGCUCGCGCUCUCUGUCGGGGACCCAGCGCUCGUUGGUCGGCUCCUGGCUCAAACUGAACCGGAGCGAGGACUUCUUCCUGCUCUACUCCCACCUGACCUACGUCACGCUGCCGCUGCACCGCAUCACCACAGACAUCCUGGAGGUGAGGCAGAAGCCCAUCCUGAUGACAUAGCAGAGCUGGACUCCCUCAGAGCAUCACUACCAAGUGCCUCCUGCAUCAGGCCACAGAGACCACAGCAGCACCCACGCUGGGGCCCCAGGGAAAGGCCCCCCAGGUGUCCACGCUGAGCCACCAACAACCAAACAUCUGCCCCCCCCCCCCAACCCAUCCGAGACGAGUCAGAGGACACGACGACAAACAAACCAACCAGCCAUUCAGGAAGUGCCUCUUAUUCUUCUUCUUCUUUUCAGUUCCUGCUGCGUCCGAGGUCGUCUCGGCGGACACAUGACCUCAGCGUGAAAAGGGAUUGGCUGAACUCUGACCAGGAAGUGAGGAAUGUGUGUUUAUCCUGUAAAUAUCCUGCUGCUUUACUCACGGAGACGCCUCGACUAAAGGUUCUGCUCUUAACCACACGGUCUGUUUCUGUUCCACUCACCGUGGCUUUUCCUUUCUGUUUUUAUAUAUAUAUAUCUAUAUAUAUCUAUAUCUACGCCAACGGGAGGCCAGAGGGAUUCUGGGAGUCUGAGUCAUGUAAAGUGUUUUGUAGACGGCUUCGGUCCUAUAACCAGCGGAGUCCAAUCAUCUCUUACAUCACAACUAGUUGCUUAAUUAACACUCAUGUUCAUCGAUUAAUUGACAGAUAUUUCUCUCAAUUGGUCUCUGAAAGCUUAAAAAAUAUGAAAAAACAACUAAUGUUCAUCCCAACUUUGACUUUAUGUCGGUUAUUCUGCCAGAAAAAUGUCCCAAAAGUGCUGAAAUAACAAUAAGAAGCACAUCUGAGAACCUGUAACCAGCAAACUAUUUGGUACUUUUACUUAAGUUUAUAUAUUCAGCAGCAUAAUAAAUUUCUUUUUGCUUAACUACUGAAUUGUCGAAUAGUGAGUGAAGGGGACAUUUUGAGUUCACAGCAACAAGUAUGUUGAAUGUGACAAUUAUAACUAUUUAAAUAAAAAAACUAAUUUAACUUUUAUUUUAAAAAAUGAGUCAAUUUAUUGCGCUUAAAUAAUUCAUAGAAAUCUGAAUAAAAUUGUGACUUUACUCUUGAAA